UGAGAAAUGAUUAUGAAUCGUUUGGUUUGAGACUCGAGCAGCGAGCGACUAUUUGAGAAAAUAGAAUACGAUGCCUUCGGGAAGGCGGCGUUCAUUCAGCCGGUGGAGCCGGGUCCCUGGCAAGGGCCUGAAGGAACACCACGGCCAGAAAGGUCGAAAGUGAUGGUGGCUGAUGCGCAUCAUGGUGCAACAGAGUUACGUGGUCGGUGGCACACCACAUCCUUGCUGUCUGGAUCUCGAUGCGCUCUUUAUAAUAAGUUCCACACCUCUGGGGUCUCAUCGUUGUUUCGCGCUGUCAUCCUCGGAUUCGAUUCUCAGUAGUGCCAGCCUUGACAGCGUAUUAUUGUAUUCGGGUUCGCAUGCUCUCCAGAAGCAUGCACUUCUACAUACGACAAUCAUUCUUUCCCGGAAAGAUCUGACGAUUCUAGUUAGGAUUAUCAAGAGUAAAGUCCUCCGCCCCCUCCUCAACGCCAGGUGGGCUCUCGCGUUUGCUCCAACUUUGGUUAUCGCCUCUGUUGUUGUUGUUGCGGACCCCGGCUCGGCUCCAGACCUAAUCCAUGGUGGCUACGUGCAUACUGACUUCUUUCUCCUAUUCCAACAGCAUGUGUUCUUUCAGUGCUGUCGGUACGACUAGUCAAUGUUAUUCAUUUAGGAGUAGCUUCUUCGCAUAUAAAUUUUAAAUGUCAUGGAAAUUGACCCUCCAUGACUGCACGAGCCUGGACGGUGGAAUGUAAUGUUCUUUUCUGCAUGUUGUAGAAUUCACUAUGGACUCCCCUCUGUCAUUCCCAUCCUGACAAUAUUUGUUAAUAGUUUCCCAAUGUGCUUUAAGUCUGUUCAGUUUGACUCGUGCCGAAGGUCGGCACCCACUUAAGGCUUUCCCUCUGUAUAUUUCUCUGUUUAAGAGUACUGUGCGGAAAGAACUCGUUGUAAACUGCAAAGACAUAAAACUCCUGAUGGUUUCGACAUGACAGUCCUAGUCAGUUAUCAAAACUGUACUGUACUGGACUAUCUCUUUAAUGAGGAUGGCGAGCGGUAGCAUUCCGGCAACAAAUUCCACGCUUGACUGGACGGUCGCUCUAGAAAGACCCCGACCUCUCAAAGUUUUUCCGGUUGAAAUAGACGCUUGGUCACCAGGGCUUGACAUGAAGGAGUGAUGAGCUAUGGUCUCUCAGUUGCUUUUCAGAGAAUACUGUCGUACUGUCGAUCAAUAUUGUAUUCGCUCCUGGAAAGUUUUAUUUCUUCACGUC